GAGGGAGCGCGAGAGCGGCGAGGACGAUCCUCCGGUGUCCCAGACCUAGCUAGAGGUGAGUAUGGCUGAGCAGGAGCCCACAGCCGAGCAGCUGGCGCAGAUUGCGGCUGAGAACGAGGAGGAUGAGCACUCGGUCAACUACAAGCCCCCGGCCCAGAAGAGCAUCCAGGAGAUCCAGGAGCUGGACAAGGACGACGAGAGUCUGCGCAAGUACAAGGAGGCCCUGCUGGGCCGUGUGGCCGUGUCCACUGACCCCAACGUCCCCAAUGUUGUGGUGACCCGACUGAUCCUGGUUUGUAGCACGGCCCCGGGCCCCUUGGAGCUGGACCUGACAGGUGAUCUGGAGAGCUUUAAGAAGCAGUCCUUUGUGCUGAAGGAGGGUGUGGAAUACAGGAUAAAAAUCUCCUUCCGGGUGAACCGAGAGAUCGUGUCCGGCAUGAAGUACAUCCAGCACACGUACAGGAAAGGCGUUAAGAUUGACAAGACCGACUACAUGGUGGGGAGCUAUGGGCCUCGAGCGGAGGAAUACGAGUUCCUGACCCCCAUGGAGGAGGCCCCCAAGGGCAUGCUGGCUCGAGGCAGCUACAACAUCAAGUCCCGCUUCACAGACGACGACAGGACUGACCACCUGUCCUGGGAGUGGAACCUCACCAUCAAGAAGGAGUGGAAGGACUGAGCCAAGGCUGGGAGGUGGGCAGGGCGGGCGGACGGAAGGACGGACAUGCCCCUCCCCACCCCUCCCGACCCCAGACCAAAGUGCUGACAGGGCCCGCCCACGCUGCCGCCACUCCCCCCUGGUCUGCCUCCUGGCCGGCCUGUCUGUCCCUCCUCCACCCUUCCAGCCUGCUGGCCCCAGCCUCCUCGGUGGUCUAGUUGUUGCUGCUUCCGCCUGUGCUGUGGGGAGGGAGGUCUACACCUCCCCUUCUGUAUCCCUUGAGGUUCCCCCACCGUCCUAACCCGACCUGAGGUCCUGGCAAGGGAGCCAGGCACUGCAGAGGGGCUCAGGUCCCCUGGGCCUUCUCUGUUGCCCCACCUCAUGUUCUGGCACGCCCUCCUGGUGGGGGUGGGGUGUACCACGUGGGGCCUCGUUGGGCCGGUCGUCCUCCAGCUUUCACUUCUCCCCGGUCAGUCCAUCCAUUGCUGUCAGUAACCAUCUAACCAUGAUGCCUUAACAUGUGGAACGUGUGCUGAGGGGGCGUCACUAAUCUCCUAACCCCGUGUCUGCAUGAGCAUGUGGUCUCCCCCAGUCCCUGCCCCGUCUGUGAUCCCCGUGGCCCGAGAGGUGUGUGGGAUGUGCUGCUGCUGCUCCCCGGUCUGCGUGGGCCUGGCCAGUCCCCCUCCCCCUGGCCAGGGCUGCGGGGACGGCUCCAGGGGCUUGGGAAAGCCAAAUGCCAAACCUUGAGCGGCCUCCAGUCCCAUCUGGGAGGCUGGGUGUCCUCACCUCUCUGCCUUCUCUGUCCCAGUGGGCAGUGCCUAGAGCCCACAGCCCCAAGAGAGAGAGCCCUCAGCAGACAAAACCAGUGGCCAAGCCUUACCUGUCCCGCCUGGGCCUGCCGGCCUGCAGUCAUGUGCCUGGUCUGUCGGUAUUUAUUGCCUCCAUAUGUGCCGUCCUCUGGGCCCACUGGCCUGCCUCUGCCCCCAGGCUCGGUGCCACCAUCCCCAGCAGGCCAACCAGGACCCAGCCAGGACAACUGUGGGACCAAACUUGCACAGCUGGAGCCGUCCCCUGUGCCCCCCACCCAACCCUACCCCUCCCCGGUCAGGCCCGGGCC